AUGAGUGAUGCGGGUUUUUUAAGCGAUACAUUUGGUCCAAGUGACUUCGGACCGACAUCAAGUUCAAAAAAUAAGAAAAAAGCUUCAAUACAAGUUAAACCAUUACAAAUGCAACAGCCAAUACGAUCCCAAAUUCCUGUUACAAAAAUAAGUACUUCACCAUAUGGAGAAUAUACAACAUUAUUCUUACUUAUCACUAAAUUGCUAAAUCUCAAACUUAAUAAACGAAAAAAUUCAAGAAUUAAAAUCAAUGAUUUAUUCACUAAAGUUUUUCUUAGAAUUAGAGUACAUCCUGAUCGUCCAAAGAUACAAACAAAUCUUGUUGUCUGCAUAAAUCCUGACCCUAUAAUAAAUUGUGGAUAUGCACUUGAUUAUUCUCAAGUUCCGCCUGAAGAUAUUUCAAGAUACACACUUGCGUUCGAACUAUAUACAUCAACUACAUCCGGUGAGGAACUCAUUGGUAUUGCAUUACUGCCUCCAAAUCUUCAAGAAGUAAUCACUGUUGAUGGAAAACCGCUUAAGUUCUUAGCUAGAAACAAACAAAUAGAAUUUAAGAGCCCAACACAAGAAAUUGUAGGUAGCGCAAUCAUAAAUGUUGCAUUAGGCUUUGAAAUGCAUCAAGAAUUCUUUAAGAGACAACCAGAAAACGGACCAGAAGCAUUACUUCAAUCUGUUCAACGAGAAUUGCCAAAGCCUAUUCCAGAAGAACCAAUCAGACCUCAAAAAAUAAUUUCAGAACCAAUUCGACAAUUUAAUUUACAUGAAGAUCGAGCAAUUGAUGCAUCAGAUGAUGAAAAGCCAAAGAAAAUGGUUGUUCAGUCCCAGAAACAACGCUCUAAAAGCGCGGGAAAUGAUGAAGACGAAGAAGAAGAAGAUAAUUAUGAAGAAGAGGAAGAGGAAGAGGAAGAAGAUGAAAGAAGUAGAAGAAGACAUCGUCAUAGGCAUCACCAUCAUUCAAGAAGGCAUAGAAGUAGGGAUUCAUCAAAUUGGAUACAGAAGGCUAUGCUUUUAGGAUGGAGACCUCCAGAUUAUCAACAGAAUUUUGAUUGGAAAGAAAAAGCAAGAUCUAAAGGUUGGAUUCCACCCCCUGCUCAAAUUAAAUCUUCGUAUGGUGUUCAAACAGAUACAAGAGAAAUCAUAUCAACAAAAUCAGCGGAAGUUCAAACAGAGCCAUUGAUUCCUGAUACUCCUCAACCAGCAAGAUUGCAAAGUGAAUCAGCUUCAAAUGAUUCACCAAAGAGCGAUAAUCUUUUCGAACUUUUGAAGGCUGUUAAUGAGCCUGGUGCUCUUGCAUCAUUCUGUAGCGAUCAACAAGAAAGUGCUUCAGCUUCUGAAAGUGGAAUUGACAAUAAUAAUUCAACAAUCAGAAGAGAUUUGAGGAUGACAAAUGUUCUCAAUGUUUUCAGCCAAGAACCAAAUUCAUCAGCAAUUAACAGAUUUUUGAAUAUUGAUGAUGACGACGACAGCAGCGAGAAUUAUCAUGAAAUAUCAAUUCCACCUUCUGUUAAAGCUCCACAAACUCAACUUAUAUCACUCAAAGAUUCCAGUGAAGAUUCAAAUGAAGACAAAUUCGAUAGUGAUGCUGAUGCCGAAGCAACAAACUUAAUAAAGAGAGCAGAAAAUAUGAUAGAAAGUGCAUCUGAUGACGAUGAAUCUCCUAAAAAGAUACAGGAUGAUUUAACUGAUGAUAGCGAUGAUUCUGUUUUCUUUAAUGAAGUUUUAAAGAAAGCUGUAUAUAAUAGCAACAAUGCAGCAAGGAAUUCAAAAAUUGAAAGCUUAACUCCAUCAGAUAUUAGUGAUGAAGAUAAUUCAAACUUAAUUUCUGAUAAAAUUGGCUCAGAUGAUGAUGAUUCUGAUUUAGAUUCAGAUAGCGAUGAAUCAUAUAUGCUUAAAUUAUUAAAUGCGAAGUGCAAAAUCCCUAACAAUUAA